AUGGUUUCGGCAGACGAACGCAACACCCGCACAAUUCACACGGCGGCGUGUCUCAUUAUCGGUGAUGAGGUUCUCGGCGGCAAGACCAACUCGGCUUACAUGGCCAAGUGGUGCUUCUCUUUGGGUAUUAACUUGAAGAGAGUCGAAGUCAUUGAAGACGAUGAGAGUGAAAUCGUCGAAGCUGUCAGACGCAUGAGCGACCGUUACGACUUUGUGGUAACCAGACACGACGACAUCACCUACCAGUCAAUAGCAAAGGCUUUUGACCUGCCCCUCGUCCUGAACCAGGAAGCCUUCGAGAAAAUGAAGAAGCUGUCCAAGCCGCACCCGGGCCAGCCAAACUUUGACUGGGACGUCGACUCGCCCGCCCUGCAGGCGAAGCUGCGCAUGGUCAUCCUCCCCACCGACGAGAAGCGCGACCCCAAGAAGCAAUUCGUCUUUCCCCACGAGGACCUCUGGGUGCCCGUCAACGUUGUCAACGGCAACAUUCACAUCUUGCCGGGCGUCCCGCGACUCUGUAGGUCGACACCAGAUGCUUCUCUUCGACACGAGAUUGCUAACAUUAUCCGUGCAGUUGAGAAGCUCCUCGACGGGCUCAAGCCCGGCAUCGUGCCCCGGCUUACCGAUCCGGAGGGCAAGGGUCUCUGCCGUGUGCUCAUCUCUACUCCGCUCCCUGAGAGCGCCGUUGCCGGGUACCUGACGCAACUCGCGGCCAAGGUCGAGCCCAAGGGCGUCAAGGUCGGAAGCUACCCCCGGUGGGGCCAGAACGGCACAGUGACGCUGGUUGGAAGGGACCAGGCUUAUAUCGAGAGCAUCGUGGCCGAGGUUGUCCAAGGCGUCGAAGGUAAGCGUGUAAACGCGGAGGGUGAGGAUGAUACCCAGGGUGAAGCAGGAAAAGAUCUCGAAUAA